AACAACAACAACAACAAGGAGAGCAACCUAGGAUCCACAACUACAGCAACAACAAAAACAGCUCAAAAUGCUGCUCAAAAUUUUCCUUCUGGCUUUCCUGGCCUCCCAAUCCUCGGCAGACUCAGCGGAUCCCCUUUCGACAUCUGCCAGCGACAAUAGUCAAGUCAAGUUGGCCGAGGAAAAUCCAGCGUCGGCGAUUCCCUUCGAGACCUCGCACAAACAUCCGGGAGCCGCGGAGCGAGACGAUGGCUUCCAUACCUCGCACAAAAUCAGCAUAAGGGCCGCCGAUUCCGCCGACUAUUCGAUGAACCUGCUGCCCACCAAGGAGCGCCCCGAAUUGAAUCCCGUUCUGAGUGCCCUAAUCAACGAGGAUGUGAUGAAGAGCAUCGAGGCCAAGCGAGCCAUCGAAGAGGAGGAACUGGCCGAAGUGAGGCGUGAAAUCGAGGAGGCCGCUCAAGCAGAAUUGGCCCACAAAAGGGGUUCCUCCACCACUGAGGCACCUGCUCCCCAGUUGACCACCCUGCCGACGGCUGGCAAGAAGAUCGACAAUCUGGACGAGGAUAUAGUCGUCGAUCCCCAUGAAGAGUUCGUUAACCAAAACUUUGCCCUCGAGGGUGCGGGCAGUGAGAACAGCAAGAAAUCUCGCAUUGAGAUCAAAAAGGGACCCAAUGGUCAGGACUACGAGUACGAGUAUGUCUACUACUACGAUGAGGAUGAGGAUCCCAGCAAGGUGGAGGCUGCAGCGGCUGUCGAGCCCGAGGUGCGUGGCAAGACUAGGUAUACGAACAUCGAGAGGAGCACUGCGGCCACUCCGAGUGAGAAUAGCCUGCACAGCGGCAAGGCCAAGGGAAGAUCCUCCUCCGCCGACACCUCUGAAGAUAUCGAGGCUGAACGUCUGCCCAUGAUCACCCGAUUCCCCAGUCGUGGCAAGAACAUCGAGGUGCCACCAACGCCUGCUCUCGAUUCCCUGGAAACGGCCGCCGAACGCAAGAAGAUCAGUGUGAAGCGCCCCAGCUUGGAAUUGGUGGACAGUGCCACCUUCAACACGGAUGAAAAGCAAACCAAGGCCACGCGCAAGGGUGAAAAUGAGCUGAAGCCGGUGAUUGCCGUCGAACAGGAGGAGGCGGCCGCCAGGAAGAAGGAGCAACAGGCCAAGGAGGAGCAGGCCAAAAAGGAAAAGGAGGCGGCUGCUGCUGCUGAUGAGGCGAUUCCCGUCGAUCAGGAGGAAUCCGAACAGACCACGCCCUCGAUGGAGAAGGCCGCCCUCGAUCUCUAUGCCAUUCUGACCAACGAGAAUCUGAACAACGAGCAGACCACCGCAAUUCCAGACAGCGAAGGUGUUACCACCUUCAUUCCCGACACCGCCAGCACGGAUGAGGAUGGCCUGACCACGCUGAUCGAUGAGAUUCCCUCGACUAGCAGCAGCACCACCACAACCACUACGACGACCACAACCACGACGACCACCACGGAGACACCAACCACCACGACCACCACCACCACAACCACGGCGGCUCCUUCACUCUUCGGCGGCAGGAGAGCCGGAUUGAAUGGUCUCGCCGGGCGCAAUCGCUUCAAGUUGAACAGAUCCGAGGGCGGCAGCACCACCACCAGCACCACCGAGGCUCCGGUGGCCACCGAAACCACCAAAACUGGAAGAAAUCGCUUCUCGCGCCCCUCGAUUGGAGGCCGAUCUCGUCCUGGAGCCAGGACCACCGCUUCGCCAGAAGCCACAUCAUCCGUCGCCCCCGCCACCGAGGAGGAAGUCGUCGUUGCCAAGGAAGUUAAGCCUGUGAGCACGGGCUUCGCACGAGGCAGACCCCGCAACCGCUUCAACCUCCGCGGUUCCACCACCACGAGCACCACUGAGCGUCCCGGCGAGGAAUCCCCGGCUGAAGGUGACGCCGCCGCGGAAUCGGCCGCCCCCUCCUCCACCACCGCAAGGAGCACACUGAGAGGUCGUCCCGGUUUGGGAGGACUUCGUGGACGCAGUCGCACCACCACCACCAAGGCACCCGCCAAUCCAGAGGGUGGUGAGACGGCAGCUGAGAGUGGCUCCUCCAAUUCCGCCGAGGAGGCCAGGUCUGCUGCUCCCGCCGCCGCCGCAGCUUCUCCCGCGGAGCCAGUGCGUCCGUCCCGCUUCAAUCUUCACCGCGCCGGCGGCAAUCGCCUGCUGCCCCGCGGCAAACUGGGAAGGUCGGGAGUCAGCAGCACGGAGGCGCCCAAGGAAACGCCAGCGGCUGCCGAGGAUUCGGCCGCCGACAGCAGUAGCCAUCACAAUGACGUCAAGGAGGAGGAAACGGCGGGCGGCGAGGCCGGCGAAAAAGCUGGCGAGGCUGGCGGCGAUUCCUCCGCCGCUCCAGCGGCACCCGUUUCCGGGCUGAAUCGCCUCAAGACCCGGCCACGCCUCAACGCCCUCACGCACAAGACUGAUGCGGUCAAGCCGAAGGCAGCCGCAGCCCCCGCCCCCGCGCCCAGGAAGAUCAAUCCCCUGCUGGCCAAGCGACGACUCCACCUGGGAGCCAGCUCCACCACAGAAUCCCCCGCUGAGGAGGAGCACUCAUCGCCAGACUCCUCCGCGGAGCAGCCCGCCAAGGAGGAGGCGUCCGCCGGUGGAAGCGACGAGUCCGCCGGAGAAGGAGCCGCUGGAAAGCAGGAGUCGGAAACCACGGAGGCGACGGAGGCAACCACCAAACAGCAGGCCCGUGGACUGGGACUUUUGGGCCAGCGUCGUCGUCUGCCGCUCCGCAAACCAGGAACGAUCCUGUAAACA